GCCUCGUGACAGAAGGUUCGCCGACCAUCCAACCGCCCUCCUGACGCGCCCUCAUCCUCGCAUCCCGGUUUUUUGGGCCCGGAACGAGCAACCUCGGCUCUGACCUCCGCAGAGCUCACCUUUCCGAUGCUUGGCGGCGGCGCCAUGAGUGCUCUCCUGGUGCUCUUGCUGGUCGGAGCAGGCCUCUCCUCCCUCGUGCCAGAGAGGGAGAAGAACCCCAAGUACUGGAGGGAGCAGGCCCAGCAGACCCUGCGACGUGCCCUGGAACUGCAGAACCUCAACACCAAUGUGGCCAAAAAUGUCAUCAUGUUCCUGGGAGAUGGAAUGGGGGUUUCCACAGUGACAGCCGCCCGCAUCCUCAAGGGUCAGCUGGACAACAAGCCAGGAGAGGAGACCCUCCUGGAGAUGGACAAGUUUCCCUUCGUUGCACUCUCCAAGACCUACAACACCAACGCCCAGGUGCCCGACAGCGCGGGCACUGCCACGGCCUACCUGUGCGGCGUCAAGGCCAACGAGGGCACCGUGGGGCUGAGCGCCGCUGUCACUCGCUCCCAGUGCAACACGACUCAGGGCAACGAGGUCACCUCCAUCCUCCGCUGGGCCAAAGAGGCUGGCAAAUCCGUGGGCAUCGUGACCACGACUCGUGUCAACCACGCCACCCCCAGCGCGGCCUACGCCCACUCUGCCGACCGGGACUGGUACUCGGACAACGAAAUGCCCCCGGAGGCGUUGGCCCAGGGCUGCAAGGACAUCGCUUACCAGUUGGUCCACAACAUCCCCAACAUUGAGGUGAUCAUGGGCGGGGGGCGAAAAUACAUGUAUCCCAAGAACACCAGCGAUGUAGAGUACCACGAUGAGGAGAAGGCAAGAGGCACUCGUCUGGAUGGCCAAUUUCUAGUCAGAGCCUGGAAGGACCACAAACCUCAAAACAAGAACUCACACUACGUCUGGAAUCGCACUCAGCUAAUGGACCUCAAACUGGACCAAGUGGACUUUCUCUUGGGUCUGUUCGAGCCGGUGGACAUGGUGUACGAACUCAACCGCAACAACCUCACUGACCCGUCCCUAACGGAGAUGGUGGAAGUGGCCAUCACCAUCCUCAAGAAAAACCCCAAAGGGUUUUUCCUCCUGGUGGAAGGGGGCAGGAUCGAUCACGGCCACCACGAGGGCAAGGCCAAGCAGGCGCUACAUGAGACGGUGGAGAUGGACAGGGCCAUCGAGCGGGCGGGCACCAUGACGUCCCUGGAUGACACGCUGACCGUGGUCACGGCUGACCACUCCCACGUUUUUACCUUCGGAGGUUACACUCCCCGUGGCAACCCCAUCUUUGGCCUUGCUCCCAUGGUGAGCGACACAGACCAGAAGCCCUUCACCUCCAUCCUGUAUGGGAACGGACCCGGGUACAAAAUCGUGGGCGGCGAGAGAGAGAACAUCUCCAUGGUGGAUUACGCUCACAGCAACUAUCAGGCCCAGUCAGCUGUGCCCCUACGCCUGGAGACCCAUGGAGGUGAGGAUGUGGCCGUCUUCGCCAGAGGCCCCAUGGCCCACCUGCUGCACGGCGUCCACGAGCAGAAUUACAUCCCCCACGUCAUGGCCUACGCGGCCUGCAUCGGCGAAAACCGCAAACACUGCAUCUCCUCCGCCCUCCGCAACAAGGCCAGGGCCCUGCCGCUGAUGGCCGCCCUCCUGUCCCCUCUGCUCGCCGGCCUCCUGUUCUAACGGGCCUCCUCCCGCCCUUCUGCCCGUGGGAGAUGGGGUCCCCCGCUCCCUUCCCAUCUGUACCCGUGGGCAUGCCCUCCCCCCACCUCUCUGGUGGAGUCGUGGCCUCCCCUCCCUCUGGUCUCUCUGCUGGGAGUCCCCCCAACCUGAACCCAGCUGACCGGCCCCGGUCUCUGGGAUCUGGGCCGGGCCUCUCCACAGACAAAAUGGUGGUAGGACCGCAAGGGGUCCACGGAGCCAGUGGGAAGAGAGGCCAGCCUCCCCCUCAGCCCCACGAUCGUGGCCACUGACCGAGGAGGGAAGGAGGGCGGGAGAGUCAGGGGAGAACAUGUCUCUCUUUUUCCAUGCACAGCCCAGCACAGACCUGGCUCUGCUCCCUGGAGAAGCAGCCUGGUUUUAUUAGCUCAUGCUCUCCACCGCCUCGUACUGCUUUCUUUCUGCUCCUCUGGGCUGCAGCGCCUACCUGCCCCUUUGCCUUCACUGUUGCCCAUCACCCAUACCCACAGUCCCUCCUGGGCAGUGCCCAGGACAGGGAACUGAACUGUCUCCCCCUCCCCAUGCUGGUUCUGGGGGACGGACUCCCUCCCACCCAAGGCCUGCCCUAAUCUCCUGCCCCACCUCCAAAACCACGUGGCCCAAGGGCCAGGGGCUUUUGAGGGGAUGUGAGGGACUGGUCGUGGACCCAGUCUGUGGAUACUGCACCUCGUCGUGGUGGGGGAGAGGGGUCAGCAGCUUCCCACAGCACCGGCCCGGCCACAGGGGCAACAACGGCCUCCGUCCCUGCGCCGGGGAGGGACUGGCCAUCAGCGGGGACGCAGCAACCAGCCCUCCGGCUCCCAACCUCAGGGUGACUCUGGGGCAAGGGGUCCCUGUGGUGACCCCAACCCCCACUUUCUCGGGGGCGGAUGGCCUAGGAGCGAGCCCAGCCCUCAGGUAAACAGGGGAAGAGAGAGGCCUGGGCUGCCCCCCACCCCCCCCCCACAAGUACAACGAUGGGGUGGGGGAAUCACCUCUCUCCCAGUCCUCCCAGUGCAGGCUUCCAGAGACCUCCUAGAAUGGGCGCUUCAGGGGGCUGACCAAGGUUGGGUGGGCAGUUCCCACCCCCCCGCAGCUUUUCUAUCUGGUUUCUGGGUCUCUCAAAGCGGGUUGCCUGUUUUGUACGUCGGGUUUUGUUUCGUUUGGUUUUUUAAAUUUUAAUAAAUGAUUUCUGAACAUUUCCAAAGAUGAA